AUGUUUAACAAGACCAAAAACCUGAAGAAUGCGAGGGCCGCCGAUGUCGAGGUUGCCCAAGCUGAGGCUCCUCACCUCCAGCGUGUGGAAUGGACGAAAGAGCCUGGGUUGAGGAAGCUCUACUUCUGGGCCUUCAUCAUCUGUAUCGCUUCUGCGACUACAGGUUAUGAUGGUUCCAUGUUGAACAAUUUGCGUAUCCUACCCUCUUUCAAAACUUUCUUCAGCGAUCCAUCGGGCAAUACCUUGGGUAUAUUGACCGCACUCUAUUCCAUUGGUUCCAUCGCCUCGCUUCCCGUCACUCCUUACAUCGCGGAUCACUGGGGUCGUAAGGCCGCCAUCACCUGCGGUUGUGUUAUCAUGAUUGCUGGUGCUGUUGUCCAAACAUGCUCCAAGCACCCCAAUGAGCUUCGCAUGUUCAUGGCUGGUCGUUUCUUCAUGGGUUUCGGUAACUCUCUUGCACAGCUAUCUUCCCCGCUCUUGCUUGCGGAAUUGUGCCAUCCCCAACAUCGCGGCCGAGUUACCGCUAUCUACAACUGUCUCUGGAACGUCGGUGCUAUCAUUUGUACCUGGUUGACCUUCGGUACCAAGCGUAUUGAUUCCGACUGGUCGUGGCGUGUCCCCGCUUUGGGCCAGGCUCUUCCUUCGAUUGUUCAACUUGCUUUCAUCUUCUUCAUCCCGGAGUCGCCCCGUUGGUUGAUCUCUAAGGAACGCAAUGAGGAGGCACUUCAGAUUCUCGGCAAAUACCAUGCUAAUGGCGACAUCAACAAUGCCACUGUUCAGUUCGAAUACCAGGAAAUUAAGGAAACCCUGCGCUUGGAAUUUAUGUACCAGAAGACUUCCUCAUACCUCGACUUCUUCAAAACCAGGGGCAACCGAUACAGACUUCUUUUGCUUUGCUCUCUCGGUUUGUUCUCGCAGUGGUCUGGCAACGGUCUCGUCUCCUACUACGCCACUGAUGUUUACAAGUCGAUUGGUAUCACCGACCCUGAUACUCAACUUGGCAUCAACGGCGGUCUUACCAUCCUCUCGCUCAUCGUCUCCGUUUCUUGCGCUUUGUUGGUCGACCGUGUUGGCCGUCGCCCACUUUUCCUUGCAGCGACAGCCUCCAUGUGCGCCACCUUCGUUAUCUGGACGAUUUGCUCUUCGCAACAGGAAGCCAAGCAGAGCAAGGCUGCUGGUCGAGCUGUCAUCGCCAUGAUCUGGCUCUUCUCCGUCGCUUAUGCCCUCGCCUGGUCUGGUCUUCUCGUCGCCUACACUGUAGAGAUUUUACCUUUCAAAAUCCGUGCCAAGGGCUUGAUGAUAAUGAACUUCUGGAUCCAGGUUGCCUUGACCAUUAACCAAUAUGUCAAUCCUCUUGGUUUCGAUCACUUGAAGCCAACCUGGAAGCUGUACACUAUCUACGCUUGCUGGAUCGCGUUCGAACUGGUCUUCGUCUUCUUCUUCUACAUCGAGACCAAGGGUCCCACUCUCGAGGAGAUCGCCAAGAUCUUUGAUGGUGAUGAUGCUCAGGUCGCUGAUGUCAAUCUCGACAAAGUUGGCUCCGCUACCCAUACGAGCGGCUACGAGAAGAACGAUGUCGCCGUGAACGAACUGAAGGUUCAAGACUCCAACAAAUACUAA